CAUUCACAGAGGGUCUUUGAUGUUAUCUUCUACUUUCUUUCUUUAUAGAAUCACAGUUGUAGCAGAAAUACGAUUUAUAUACUUUGGCAUGGUGACAAGGUCGAGUAACUGUCCAAGUCAUUGGUGCUCUGCAAAUUUUGAGUACACUUUACAUUUAAAUAAAUAUACAAUAGAAUUGUUUAUUACCCAUGUUUUAUUAAUAUUUGUUAAAUUAAUUAAUUUUAACACUGCAUCAUCUUAAAUUACAUGAAUUCCCCCAAAAGUCAAUAGUGUACGUGACAAAUGUAAUUUAUGUCAACAACAACAACAGCUGAAAGUGAACAGAGACACAUUUUUCUACUAAUAGGAAAGAGCACAUGAAACAUUUCAAGGACUUUGUUCAUAAUGCAAGAAUCGUAGUUAGACAAAAGUUGAGGCUGAUAGGGCAAACUAUUGGGAACAAAGACUUUUUAAUAACACUUUCACAAGUGGUUAAACUGUAGCCUGUUUACUUUAUAGACCCCAUGUAGCAAAGUAAAACACAAGGAAUUUAAGGAAUCUUAAGGGGAAGAAACAGUUAUUGAAUCUGAAUUAGCCGCCAAGGUUGAAAAGUGUAGAUGGAAAGCCUUGGCAUGAAUUCAGAAUAUCACCUGCUAUACAAUCUUUAGAUAUAUCCACAGCUUGUUCUGAAAUGUCCAAAGUCAGGGCUUAAAUAACCCUAUGAAGUCAGAGGCAACUUGACUAAAGGGUCAGUGGCUCCGUAACGGACUGGCAACAUGUCCUGACUGUUUCAUUAAUUUCUUACAAGUGCAUGCUGGGAUAGGCCUCAGCUCCCUGUGACCCUGAAGAGGAUUAAAGUAAAGACAAUAAAUUAAUGAGUGGACUGUUUGAAUCCAGGGCAGUCCAUCAUUCCCUUGAGGCUGUACUUUUUGGCAGAGCCUCUUAUAAUGAUCUGCAAGACUUUGACAAGCCAGAAGACGUUUUUGGAAUGUAGGAAAACCUCUUAUUAUUAUUGUUAUUAUGUUGUUAACUAAAAGAAAAUCCUUAUAAAUGAAAACAUCACCAUCAAGGUUAAUAGUUUGGUGGUGUAGAAAGAGUGACCUAAAUAAUUAGUUCUAGACCAAUAUAUAUUUUUUUUACUGAUAUAGUUUAGUCUAUUGUAUUGCCCUUUGCCAUAUUGGACAUGCAUUACCAUAAUCUUUCAAUCUGUUUCUAUUUCAGUAUCUUAGUGUCUCACAAAUUAAAAGGAUGCACUGGUCAAUGAACACACUGCCCUUGCCUCUAUAUGUUGAGCUGGGGGUCCAUUCACUGAGUGGCCUUCUGUGGACUCUACUGCUACUCUUUCUGUGGCACUGCUAUCGGAUGGGCUCCGACCUGCCAAUCCCAGGCCACGCACAUGCUGGAAAGUUAAAGUCAGGCUCAAGGCGGUCCAUGAUGUCCCGUGGCGGUAGCUGUGCUGGAACAAAGUGUAAUGCACGAUCCAAGCUGUCGAGAAGUGAUCAAAUUACUCCCUUUAUUUCCAUGGGAACAGAGGAGGAUGAGGAGCAGGGACAGGGCUACCUCACCCCAGUGCUGAGUCAUGCCUUGUUCCCAGCCCAGGCAUCUGCAGAAGCCCAGAAACUUUACGCAGCACUGCAAGAGUAUGCCAAGCGCUACAGUUGGGUGGGCAUGGGCCGCAUUCAUAAAGGCCUCCGUGAGCAGGUCAGACUGAACGAUCACUCUGCUAUACAGAAGCCUCAUCUCUUCUUCUUGCCAGAUGUCCCAAGUGUUCCUUUCUUCCCAAGAGAUGCUCAUCGACAUGACAUCGAGGUCUUGGAAGCCAACUAUUCUGUAAUCUUGACUGAAUUCAAGGCCAUAUACCAGAGGGGCAUUGACUCAAAAUUAGGCUGGACCUGUCUAGGACCAAAGGGACAGGCAGUGUUUUCUUUGUACAGUGCAGGUGUCUCUGUGGCAGGAAACUGUCGCUCCUGUCCCUGCACCUACCGGACACUUCUCUCCCUACGUACGUUCAUAAGCAGCAACUCAUUGGGAUCUGCUGGAUUUUGGCUGUUAGGGCCCGGAGCUACAUUGGGGAGCUCAUAUGGACCCACCAAUACGCGCCUACGUUGUCAUCUUGGUCUGCAGACUCCACCCCUGUGUGAGUUGGUGGUGGGAGGGGAGCCUCAGUGCUGGUCGGAAGGACACUGCCUCCUGGUUGAUGAUUCGUUCCUGCAUACUGUCUCCCACAAGGGGCCUCCAGAUUCUGGCCCCCGAGUCAUUUUGAGUGUGGACCUCUGGCAUCCAAAUGUGGCUGCAGCAGAGAGACAAGCUUUGGACUUCAUGUUCAACCCCGACCUCUAAUGCCUUACCUUGGCCCUGCUUGUUGUGGGUCAUGCAUCUCAUUCCAGUGGAUGAAUCACUGUGUGCAUCUGCCCAAAGAAUUACACAAGCCAUUAGCCACGCUUUCAAGUGGUGUUGGAUUUAUGAUCUACACCAGGAAGUGCCACAAGAAUGCAUUAUUAUGGAUGAUGUUAGACAAUACUAAACACUAGACAGUUUGCCUGUAAACUUCAAACUGACAUCACUUGAAAGCGCAAUAAGAACCUAAAAAGAGAAGAUCGUAAAUCUUAUCUUGACAUCAUAUACUAUGCUAGUGAAUGCUAUUUGCAUGUGUAACCUAUCUGUCCUGAUCCCUGGACUUUGUUUUGAGCUGCUGACGCAUGUACACAAGCGCAUGAGUUAGUGUUGGGAUGCUUUCUUUUCAAAUUUAGGUAGAUUACCUAUUGUUCAACCAAAAAACUGUGACAACAUGAAAAUGAAAUAAAUUAAAAUAUCUAUUUAUUUUUGUUUUCCAAACCUAUAUUAACUUUUGCAUACUGUGGUUAUUCUUUCUCCUCUUAUUACCUCAACGUAUGCCUGUAUGUUUCUAUCUAUAAAUCAAUUUUUAUUUGUUAAUUGAUAUAUUUGGUGGUUUGCUUGUGGUUUACAUAUUGUAUGACAUGCACACAUCAGGUUUGUUGUCAAUGCUGUUUUUUUUGGAAUCCAAAUAACAAAUAAAU